CAUUAACAUAAUAUAUAAACACAAGCUUUCAUUGUGCUAUAUCUCAUUCUUGUGGCACAAGAAAGAGUUUAAGUAAUUUUUUGAGCUGAAAAACAAGAUGGGAUUUUGUAACCAAAAAAGGUAUGAAAUUUGGAAACCAUUCAUAGCUGUUGUGUUCUUGCAAUUUGGAUAUGCUGGUAUGGAUGUUCUAUCCAAAGUUGCACUUAACAAUGGAAUGAGCAAUUAUGUACUGGUCGUUUAUCGUCACGCCGUUGCCUUCAUUGUGAUUGUUCCUUUUGCGGUCAUCUUAGAAAAGAAAGUGAGGCCAAAAAUGACAUUAUCAAUCUUUAUGAAGCUAGUGAUUCUCAGUGUGCUAGAGCCAGUUAUUGAUCAAAAUUUAUAUUUUUUGGGAAUGAAGUAUACAACAGCUACUUUUGCGGUUGCUAUGUUCAAUGUUCUUCCAGCCAUUACCUUUGUGGUGGCUUGGAUUCUCAAACUUGAGAAGAUAAAAAUGAAGAGUAUUCAUAGUCAAGCAAAGAUUGUUGGGACAGUAGCCACUGUUGCAGGUGCUAUGCUUAUGACAUUGUUAAAAGGUCCAAUACUUAAUAUUUUUGGAAUACAUGGAAGCAAUGCCCAAAUUCAACAUAAUAAUGGUGCAAAUCUUCAACAUGCAAUAAAGGGAUCAAUUAUGAUCACAAUUGGUUGUUUUAGUUGUGCUUGUUUUAUGAUUCUCCAAGCUAUAACACUUGAAACCUAUCCUGCUGAGUUAUCUCUUACAGCAUGGAUAUGUCUAUUGGGAACAAUUGAAGGUGGAAUAGUAGCUUUGAUUAUGGAAAGGGGUGAACCUUCGGUUUGGUCUUUGAAUUGGGAUACAAAACUCUUGGCUGCAGUUUAUAGUGGUAUAGUUUGUUCAGGAAUGGCCUAUUACAUCCAAGGAGCAGUGAUGAGAUAUAGAGGUCCAGUCUUUGUAACAACUUUCAAUCCCCUUUGCAUGGUCAUUGUAGCUAUCAUGGGCUCUUUCUUUUUGGCCGAGAAAAUUUACCUCGGAAGGGUGAUUGGUGCCGUUGUGAUUAUUUUUGGAUUGUAUUUAGUGGUAUGGGGUAAAAGUAAAGACUAUGACACACCAACUCCAAAUAUUAUUGAAGAUGAAAAUUUAGCAGCUAAGCAAAUUACAGAGAUUAAUGACAAAGAGGAGCAUCCUAAUCAUGAGGUCAUGAUCACUAGCAAAACCUUUGGUGAAGGAAAUAACAUAGCAAGAGAUGAACAAGUGUGAGGAAAUUAAAAUUUCUCACUUUAAUUCAAUUAGGUGUCAAAAUGGCUAUUUAACAACAAUUAUAUAUAGGUUUUUGGUUGUUUGAUCUUUUGAUUAUGAAAAUGAAAUUGUAUGUAUGAUUUGUCAAUUAGACAACAAAAAUGCCAUAAAAAAUGUGGCAACUUUGAUAUAAGGUAUUCAUUUUAAAAUACUAAUGAUUCCAAAGGUUUGAGAUA